ACCACCCUACACAUGUUCUUCCCCAAUCCCCCAAAUCUCCUACCCACGCCCAGGAGGAGAGAGGACUGCACGCUCGGGAGACGCGGCGGCGGCGGCUAAGAGGAGUCAAAUCCAAUCUCUACCACUCCUCCUCCUCCUGCCCCGCCAUCCACCCGCAGCAUUCUCUCCGGCGUUUCUUCCACUAGGGCAAUAAAAAGGAGAGAGAGGGAUUCAUCAAGAUGGUGCUAUGGGUCUUCGGGUACGGCUCCCUCAUCUGGAACCCUGGCUUCGAUUUCGACGACAAGAUCCUGGGAUUCAUCACGGGCUACAAGCGGACGUUCAAUCUCGCUUGCAUUGACCACAGAGGCACGCCAAAGGAUCCAGCCAGGACCUGCACUCUUGAAUCCGAAGAGGGGGCCAUAUGCUGGGGAAUCGCAUAUUGUGUCAAUGGUGGCCUAGAAAAAGAGCGAGAAGCAAUGCAGUACUUGGAGAGAAGAGAAUGUGAGUAUGAUCAGAAGAUCUCUGUGGAUUUCUACAAGGAUGGAAAUUCUCUGGAACCAGCUGUGACGGGUGUAUUAGUUUUCGUAUCCACUCCUGAUCCAGUUGGCAACAAAUACUAUCUUGGCCCUGCUCCGUUGGAGGAUAUGGCAAUGCAAAUUGCUACAGCUAGUGGCCCUAAUGGAAAUAAUAGGGACUACUUGUUCUCAAUGGAGAAGGCACUGUCCAACAUAAGCCAUGAAGAUGAUUCCAUCAUUGAGCUUGCUGAUGAGGUGAGGAAGGUGCUGAGCAGGUUGAAUGAGAAGAAGAUUACCGGCCCUGACAUACCACUUAAAUCUCAAACUCCUCUUGUGCACUUGUCACCACUUCUUGAAGGCACUGUAGUGGAUUCGAGAUACUAAGGGUGGCAUGUCUUGAUCAGCUGAAGAGAUGGCAUUUUCCUCUGACCAUACUCACUCUUGAUAUUCCAGACUGAAAGUUUUGUUCUUUGCUUCACCUCUGGCAUCACUGAGGAUCCAUAUGUACCGAUUUACUUGUGGCAAAACUAUACAGCUUGCAGAGUGCUAAUGCGAAACCAUGUGAUUUGCUUCAUUUGGUACCCUAAUAAUAAAUGGAUUUGGCUACUUUAGGCAUUUUCGUUA